AUGCCACGUGUACAAGCCCCAAUAGGUGCGGACACCGUUGAGGUGAGAGCCACUAUAGGCACUAUUGCCUUUAAAGAGACUCAGACAACUGGAGUAGGAAUUGUUAGGGAAGAAAACGACCCGGAAAACAUAAAAUUGCGACUCCCAAAGGGUGCUGAACAUACUAACAGAGUGGGUGAAUUAGUCGCCACGAAAUUACUUGCUGAUCGCACAUUGAGCUCAGAGAAAUUGACAGUUGAGCUAGACUCGUUACACACUGUAAAAGACCUGACUAUCAAUGUCUCAGAAAAUGAGCUAAGAGGAUACUUAGGGGUCCCAAAUGAAGACCUAGUCCGAGCAACGGUAGCUAGCCUGCGAUAUCUAAGACAUGAGCCAGUAAUAGUGUGGAAAGGAGAUAGAAGCCCUAACCAAAGAGACGAAGCAGCAAGCGCGCUCGCUGACGAAGGCGCACUUCAGCAAGAUACUGUUGAAAUAAACACGGAAAUUGCAAACGGCUGGACACUAUCAGGUGCCAAUCUAAGCUGCCUGACCCAAGCAACCGCGUACAAACUGGUCAGACGACACAAAUCUAAGGGUUAUGCGGAACGACGCCAGACUACCGUGAACCUAAAAAGAAUUGAGGCGAUGGCUCAAGAAAAAGGCGAGGCAAACCUCAAAGCAACCCAGAUAUGGGGCUCAAUUCGUAGCAAAGACAUUACAAGAUCAAUCCGAAAUUUCUUAUGGUUGGUGAUACACGAUGGGUAUAUGGUAGGCGACAACUGGCUCAAGCCAGGAUUUAAUGCUGAAUACCAGGAACGGAGUAAAUGCAGGCAAUGUGGGCAAGGGACUGAAACUAUGACUCACAUCAUUGAAAAGUGCAGUGCAUCCGGCCAAGCUCAAGUGUGGAACCUGGCUAGAGAACUGUGGGGAAUGAGAACUAACAAACCCUGGCCCAAUGCGACGCUAGAAGAGAUAAUACUGAGUACGAGACCAACUAGACGAGAAAAGCCAAAGGGUAAAAUGUUGGAUAACGCUGAAGGAGAAGCGAGAUUGCUUCGCAUUCUGAUGACAGAAUCAGCUUACCUAAUCUGGAAAAUACGAUGCGACGCAGUCAUCAAGCACGAGGGCCAACAACAGGCAACGGGAAUUGAGAUUCAUAAUAAGUGGUUAAAGACGAUUAACUCGAGAUUAGAGUUGGACUCGAUAUUAACUAGACCAAAAUAUGGAAAAAAAGCCUUGAAAAAGAAGGUUGUUCUAAACACCUGGCGAGGCACCCUACGAGAUGAGGGAAACCUGCCCAGAGAUUGGACAGGGAGAUAUGGGGUUUUAGUGGGUAUUGAACCGAGAAGUAAAGACGGACGAAGGCGUGGGAGGUAA